AUGACCACACAGCAGCCAGCCUCGCAUCCAUCAUCCCCAUCAGCUGGCUUGAUGUCGGCAGGGUCUUCGCGGGCCCAGCAAUCGGCACCCGCCACUGGUGUAGCACGCCGCAUGCGUUGGACAACUCAAAUGAACAGCAACGCAUUGUGGGCGUAUUUUAGGGCGAAAGGGGGAGAAAUUGGAGGUUUUGCGUAUCGGGCAAGGAUGCAUCUACUUUUUGCUGAGCUGGAGCCAUCUGUAACCGUCACCGAGCAAAACCUGGCAUACCGAGUUCGGUAUAUCUUGCGCUCAAAUACAUUUGAUGUCACCGAACUCGAACGGCUACGACGUGAUGCUGUUCCUUCAUCGUAUGAAAAUGCUAUGGCUGAGGGUGCGGCGCCACAACUUGCAGAGCUACCGGCAAACGUGUAUGCCGCCGUGAAUACCCCAGUUUUGGUUGAUUCAAACGAUGAUGGAACAGUCGCCCAGGAACUGGAACUGGAGUAA